GAGCAAAUUGAUGCCUAUGAAAACAUGCCACCAGAUAUGGGUGCACAACGUGGCCAAAGGUUACUGCAGAAAGGAAAAAUCUUGCCCAAUACCCUCAUCAUGGAAGAUGAAGAAGAAUAUGAAUGCCCUGAUAGUGAAACUGAGCUGAAGUCAGAUGAUGAUGAAAACUAUGAAAAUACUCAAGAAGAAGUGAAACCGGGAGUUGUAGUUUUGAAUGAUGUGCUCAUUUACGAAAAUAACAAGGACAAGGUGACGUUUGAUCUUCACAAUGGGAACUCAGAUGACUCAUGGUACUCCAACAAAACCGAGCAGGUCCUUGAGAAUUUGAUCCAAGACCAAGACCCCAUUGCUGAAGACAAUGAAAACUAUAUAAAUUUGGAAGAAGAGUGUCCUACGAGCUCUGGUGCAGCACGACUCAUAGCAGGUUUACGCUUACAGCUGGCACUGGAUAUCCAUAAGGACAGGCAGGAUGGAGGCAGUGAACCUUCUACAGGGUCUCAAUCCUAUGAAGAGAUGAAUGGAUCCUUAUGUCCCACUGCAAGCAAACUGUUUUACCUCCAUACCAACACGAGCAAUGAAGAGGAUGCCGACUCCUAUGAAAAUAUGGAAAGCCCCACGAGUCUCAACUCACGGAGAGAUGGCAUCUUGGAUCCACAUGGAGACAAUUCUCCCUCUGGCUCCAGGUGGCAGCACAUCUCUGUUCCUUUUGGAGGUGAUCUUAGAGAUACUGAAACAGCAUUUCAAGCAAGAAGCAUACAAUUGCAAAUGCUUUUUCAACAAAAGGAUCAGUACAUACUUUGCUAAAUAAUUGUUUUAACUGGAAAAAAUAUUCAACUAUGUUGAUGGGCCUAUACUUGCAAAGAUCAGAACUGUGCAAACCUUAAUAUCCUCUGGGUAUUAUAGGAAAGCGAAAGUUGGACUUUAAAAAAAAGCAGGCCAGAAAGGGGAGUGAUCCUUUUGGGAUGCUUGUGUGAAGAAGCCUCCUGAGAAUAAUGUGGCUAGCCAGGAAAAUAAACAAAUGAGUCAUUGAAUGAAUCAAUCCAGAAGUCUCACUUAACCUAGAAAUGACCAGACUCAAAUUAUCCUAAUUUGGAGACACUAUGUGAAGAUCUGAUUCUCUUGAAGAAGGCUGUAAUGUUGGAAAGGUGGAAAGAAACAGAAGAAGAGGAUGACCAGGAUUAAUGUGGAUGGAUUGAAAGUGGUGAUGGGAUUAUCAAUGGAAGACUGAAGGACUGGAUUGGGGCAGAUCUUCAUACUGGGUUCUAAGUGGAACCAACUUGCUGGCAUGUAAUCAAAUCAAUUUUUAAACGGCAGGGAGGGAUUUUGAAGAAGUUACUGUCAUUGGACAUGCAUGUGUCAAGAAAAACA